GUUUUUCAUAUCUUAUGUGCUGCCAUCUGCGGACAAAGCCACGUCAUUGUUGAGGGUGUUGUGAACGCUGUUAAUUUACUUUGAAAAUGAAUAUAUUUCGACUUCUUGGGGAUUUAUCCCACCUUUUGGCUAUCGUAGUUCUAUUACUGAAAAUAUGGAAAACAAGGUCAUGUGCAGGUAUAUCAGGAAAAUCACAAAUACUUUUUGCACUGGUUUAUACAACACGGUACCUGGAUCUUCUCACAUCAUUUGUUUCAGCAUACAACACAGUUAUGAAAGUCAUAUUCGUUGGUGCAUCUUAUGCUACUAUUUAUUUGAUGUACCUCAAAUUCAAGGCAACUUAUGAUCAGAAUCAUGACACAUUUCGGAUUGAGUUUUUGAUUAUUCCAGCUGUGGCACUGGCUCUUCUCAUCAAUCAUGAGUUCACAGUUCUGGAGGUGUUAUGGACAUUCAGUAUCUACCUUGAAUCAGUGGCUAUCCUGCCUCAGCUGUUUCUAGUGUCAAAGACUGGUGAGGCAGAGAGUAUCACAUCACAUUAUCUGUUUGCUCUUGGCACAUAUCGUGCCCUGUAUCUUCUCAACUGGAUCUACCGUUACUACUUUGAGAAUCAUUAUGACCUCAUCGCCAUUGUAGCUGGAGUUGUGCAAACUGUUCUUUACUGUGAUUUCUUUUACCUUUACAUUACUAAAGUUCUGAAAGGAAAGAAGCUUCAGCUACCAGCUUAAAUCCAGUGUAACACUGGGUACAGUGUGAGCUGUGGGUUCAGAUGAAUUUUCCAAACUGGGAUGUGAUAGAGACCUGACAACAUUUGCAAAGCAAAGUCGAUUUGUUACAUUCUGUACAGAAAUGACGAUUAUCAGGUCUAUGGCCUUUUGCUUUGCAUAUACAAUUCUUUUGUUUUAAGGAGGGAUUAUUGGUCUGCAUUUGUUUACAAUUGAAUAAUUUUGAAAUGUUGGCUCUGAAAUCAAACACUUAAAAAUGUGAUGUAAAUACUUGUUAAUUUAAAUUAGUCUUAAUCAUGUAUGUACUGUCUCAAGAAGGAAAAAUAUUUGGGUUCAGCAACUGAAACUCAAUACUCACAUGUCAGAACUUAAUUUUUUUGGGUGUCUGUCUUGUCUAGGAAUGUAAGGAAUUUUUUAUUACUUGAAGUAUCGGCAAGUGUAUGUGUUUUUAAUUUACUGCUGAUGUCUUCUUGCUUUUGGAUUGUAAUACCUAAAGAUUCUUGAGAGAGUUUAAUGAAUUAAAUAUGAAGGGGAUAGAAUGAAGCUGAUGCCAUAACAUUCAACUGUAAAUGUGGGAGUCUUAAGUGCUAUUCCAUUGUACUUAUAGUGUGUUCAGGCUUGUAAAACACAUAAGAGUACUGCCUGCAUCUGAACACUUUGUAAUAUUUUGUCCUUUAGUUUCUGCACUUGGGGGAUAGGCUUUAUAAAAUGUUGAAGGUUUUCCAUUGCUUAAGCAGAUAUUUCAGAUGCCAUCUUCAGGAUUGAUGUCUUUGGCACCUUAGGAAGUAUUCAACAGAUUUUACAGUGGAGAACGAGUUGAAGGCAAAAGACAUGAUUGAAUUGUGAACUCCCUUCUGGAUAGUAUCCCACCUCAGUGUUCCUCCACCACCUUCCACCUAUCUCUGCCUUAUCAUUAUAAGGGCUUCCUAAUCCACCUCUCCACCAAAGACAUUCACCCUGAAAGUUUGCUGAAGCAUUUUAAAACCUUCAGCAUUCAACAUGGCUUAUCCCCAAAAGUGGGAGUUAUUCAUUACGCAAUACUGUAAUGCUUUAUAAAAUGUAAUUACAGUUACUAGUCACCCUUCCUUCUCUGACUAAGCUUCCAAAAGUGGGAAGAAUUAUCACAUGGGGAAUGUGAGGUAUUGGAGUAAAUAUACUUUGAUUGGUACUCUUCAGGUGUGAUACCACAUAACGACAGUUUGAACUAUGGUAUCUGGACACUUUGCUCACAAAAAUCAAUUCAAUGUUUGCAUUUUAAUAUGAGCAUUUAUCAUUCUCAGACCAAUGAAAGAAAAGGUUCUGUAAAACUCUAAUAUAAAAAUCUUUAAAAGAGUUUGAUUUGAAAGUUUAGCAACAUGAUAUAAUUUAUAAAUUAAAACUGUAUGCUGUUAUUUACAUUGUUGUAAAAUGCAUGAAAUAAAUAGUCAUACUUUUACAUAAUUUGUACAGCAGUCAUUCCUCAUUGAUUUGUUAAAAUCUUUUAAAUUUUACCAGCUAUAGCUUUAUUUUUGUUUAAUAUAAGGAACAGAAACAGUUUGAAUAAAGAUUAAUUUAGCAUUUGGGAUUUUUGUGGGUCAUUUUAUGUGUUGUAGUUGGGAGCUGCAUGUGCACAUGAAGUUUCGCUAGGUAGUAGUGCUGUGUUACUUGCUUGUAAAGUGGUUUCUGUGUAGAAAUUAUGAUUCUUGCCUUUUACUUGAGUAUUUCAAAUCAGGAAUUGUGUAGUUUAAAACUAAUGCAUAAUUAGUACAGAUACAGUAACUGAUAUAAAGAUACACAGUUGUUCUUAGUUUCUAAGCAAUGACUUGUGUAUUUAUUCAUUCAACAAUUGGGGUUUAAUAUUCUGUAAAGAAAAUGUUUA